UUAGUUGCUAUAAAUCCUUCAGGCUAGGCAGUUUGACAGUGGGAAACAAGCUUUGGAAACUCAGUCUAAAGGAGUGUGAUGGGUUUUUUUCCUGGCCUUACAUACAGCUAAGGUGAUUGUGCUGAAAAUGCAGCUUUGCUCACAUCUGCUGUUAUCUCUGUUUGUCUUUUCAAUCUCUGUCCCGUGGCAUGUUGAACCUGCUCCAGUUCUGCUAGAAGUUGGGGACAGCUUCUAUGUAGCAGCCAACAAUGACAGUACCACAGCCAGUGUACCAUGUGGUACUUCUGAGCAUCACCGCCGACGCUGCCAGAGCCUUGAAGAUGCACUGGAAACUGUAUACAUACUGCGGAGUAGCAGCAGCAGCAGCAGCGGUGGUGCCAGCCUGAGCCAUGAUAUCAUCAUUCGACUCAUGUCAAGCAAUGAGACCAACUGUGCUGUUGAAGCCAGGACAACAGCGUUAAACUCAUCAGACCCCGCCCUCAUCUCGGUGAUGAAUCGUGCCUCUCUGCGUGUAGUCAUUGAGGGAGACCAGAGCCGAGGUUGCUUCAGAACGCAUAUCGCAGCUUCCUAUCAAGACAUCGAGCGUGAUCCAUCAUAUUAUAGUAAGACAUCCAAUAGAAGCUUUGUCUACAUUUUCAACAGCUCCUUGAUAGUAUUCAAGCAUAUAACACUCUCAUUUCGUGAUGCUGGUCCAGAUAACGCCCUGCGUGCGCUAGUGGACAUCCAGUCCUCCAUUGGAAUCUCCUUUGACAAUGUGCACUUCCCACAACGUAGUCUCCAGCAAGUCCUAGUCAACACAUCGUGCUCUUCUGUGCUCAAGUUCCGAGCAUGUUUGUUUGAUGGUCGCUUGGUUCUGGCACUUCUCGGUGGCCACCUUGACAGUGAGCAGCAGAUCGUAGCUGCAGUUCAAAUGCACAUUUCAGAUGGAUGCGAAGAGCAUGUGGAGGAGCUUGAUGACAGCACUGUGGCAUCAACUUGGUUAGAAACUGUGUGGAGUCCCCUAGACCAGGCCCAAAGUAAGGAUGGUAAAAUACAGACACAAGCUGCAUUAUUUUUCCUCUGUCAGUUUGUUGCCAUCGGUGGCAAUCCAGGACUUAUGGAUCAGAACCUCAACCGCACUGGUCCGUACACAGCCACUGGAAUCGCCCUUUAUAUUGUUUUAUCAGAAGCACAGCGUUAUCAUCUGAGCAUAUUGGAUUGUACAUUUGACUUCAAUCGUUCACCCAGAACCAGUCCAGUAGGAAUCAGCUUCGGCUCGGCUUACAGCAAAGACAACACCAUCAGUAUUCGGAAGUGCAGAUUCAUUUCCAACGAGGGUAUGCAGUCUGGAGCAGUGCUUAGUCACUUUUCCCCUUCUGCAGCUAACAAUAUACUGGAAAUUGAUGAUACAGUAUUUGAUAGCAAUGUAGGCAGAAAUGAAGGCGGUGGUGUUGGCAUCUACUUUGCAGGUCAAAGCGCGAAGCUUGGCAACCAAGUGCACAUUAGAAAUUCACGAUUCAUUGAAAACCAAGCUGGAGUGUUUGGCUUUCCGACACCCGGCGGUGCCAUCAUUGCAGUGGCAGAGUAUGACCCUGCACGCUCCAGAGGAACGCCACAGAGCCUGAGGAAAGUCAGCAUCGUGCACUUAGAGAACUGCUCCGUAUUGGACAACGUAGGCUUUGGGGCCAUCCAUAUUGUACGUACCACAAUUGUCUUCAGCGGUAGCAAUGUGAUCAGUGGCAACAAAUUAACGGCCUUAGCAUUGAGUGACGCCAGAGCCAAUGUCAGCGGUAACUUAACCAUCUCAAACAACAUUGCCUCCACAGGAGGAGCUAUUCGUCUUGAACAGAACUCCAUCAUGGACGCCACAAAGGCCGAGGAGUUCCUGAUUACUGGAAACAGGGCCACUUCUUUGGGAUCUGCUGUGUAUGCUGAUGAAAUGUCAUCCGCAGCUACUCUCCAGGAGAUUGUUCAUUCUCCCGGAAGGACUAGCAUGAAGACUUCUCGAUGUGCAAUACAAUUUCCUACAGACCCAACAGUUCGUGAAAGAGCAAUAAAGACCCUCCUGCUGAAGAACAACCCGCCUGGCAAGGCAUUGAUCUCGGUUAGCUCCGUAUUCAUGGCAAGCAUGCAUCGCUGUUUUGGCUAUUUCGAGCCAUACCUGAACCUGAUCAUUGCUGACAAGUAUGGAAGGUUUGUGGACCAGUGCUAUUGUAUGCCGUACGCACCAGCUGAAUGGGAGAGGAACAUGUUUUUACCGUUUGCUGGCAAUCACACGGCCGAGUUCAAUAACGUGCGCGAGAGUUACAUCUCGAAUUCCAGCUACCAGGAAGUUUGCCCCAGCCGGAAAGAGUCAGGUUUGCCUUAUCCAACACAGGCAUGCUGGCAGGAUCAGGGCCAGAAAGAGCAGACGGCUAACCAGAGCAUGCGGUUACUUGAGGAAAGAGCUAAGGAGAUCUGCAACAGGCCCAAUGCUAACUUGUUACAGGCGCCACGCUGCUACAGCCGUGUACAGCGGGUCUAUGUAGCUACACAGAUCCUGUACAACUUCAACAAGGCACCUGCACUAGGCACUUAUCCUGCAUGGAUCAUGUUCUUUAAGGCUGACACAGCAUGCUUCAAACCAAUUGGUGAUCAAACCUGGUACUAUCGGAGAGUCUGUUCGGCCACCACAAUAACAAAUAGCAUUCUCAGUAACCCAUAUCCAUUGAACAUAAGCACUGACUGUACGUUGCACAGGAUCAACUUUAUGUACCGUCGGCUCCAUCAGACCGUCACACCAUUUCUACCUGGAUAUCGUAUUGUGCUCACGCCAUGGGCGGGCAUGGUGAACUACUGGGAUGGCCGCUUCAGGAACACUUGGCCUUCAGUUUGCCAGCAGGACAGGGCUGGGAAAUCCGUGCCAAACAAGAGCAUAUCCAUGUUAACACUGCACCCUGCUCCUGGCGAAGUAUUCUCGCUCAAGCUGAAAACGACAGAUGAGCUAUUUCAGAGUCGAGAAGCCCCGCUUGUAUUGAAGGUACACACUGAGGAUAAUAUUGUGGUACUGGGCCAUCAGGGUCGUGUCUAUAAACUGAAUGAGGGCAUCGUUUUCUCUUCAGUCCACACACUGCGCAACCUAGCUCUCUAUGGUCCAGUGGGUGCUAGUGGAGUUAUGGAGGUCACUGUUACAGGUUACAAGCCAUACUACCAAACCGGAGAGAAUUCUUUGCGACUCAGAAUACCAUUUCUUCUUCGUCACUGCCACCUGGGCUUUCGUCAGCUGACCACGAGCCGCAAAGAGGCCAGGAGGAUCCUAUUGAAGUUUUCAAGUUCCACUACACGGAGCAGUGCAGACCAGGAGGAUCAAAUGUCCUUCUACACUACCAAUACACAGCAACGGCAGAGACGGCGCACACGCAGGAAAUCUCGCCGUGCCCCACCAAGGUCGCAUGGACGCCAGAAGAAUCAAGUACUGGAUUCCCUGAGUUGCCAAUGUGACAGGACGGACGACGAUGAGUGUAUUGUGGACUGCCAGCUGGGCCGUAGCAUCAUGGUGAGCAGGAGAUGCUGGGCCGGUGACAAACACGAAAGAACAAUCACAGCGACAAGAGAGCCGGAUAUCUUUUCCAGGUACAACAAGUCUGCUGUGGGACCCAGCGAUAAUUCAGGACGGCAUGACAUUCCGUACAGCAAGGCAAAGCAGGGCACGGCUGUGUUUGUAAACGGCUUCUGUGACCGAAUAGAGUGCCAGUAUGAAGGUGAUGUUGACCGACGAGGGCAGAACAAUGGAACCUGGUGGCUGGGCCGGGACAACCCCUGUGCUGUGCAGUGCCAUUGUACGGGACCACUGUGUUCAGUGUGUCUUGAUGGCUAUAUCCGACUACCCAGCUCCAUUGGUUGUGUGGACUGCAGAUAUGCCAAGGUCAAGAUCAACCUGUGGACGCUCUAUGCGCUGAUGAUGGUGGCUAGCCUAGUGUUGGUCACACUGCUGCUCCUCUUGAAUAUAGGGGUUUCCCCUGUAGUCGAUAGCUGGUAUCUCUUCACUCAGCUGUCCAUCAACAUGUUUGGCUACUACUCCUGGACUAGCGGUGAGUCGGCACUGGCAUUGAGCACCUUUGGUCUGGGUCGUAUCUGCCAGUACGAGACUGUCAGUGCUCUCCACGCCAGUGCAAUACGACUGUUCAUUCCACUGUUCAUGGUAUUGGUGACACUGGUCAUGUGGGUCCUCGCUCGACGCGGUGUUGCAAUCAAACUCUGGAAGUUCCUGCAGAAGCGGAACUCCAUUAUGCAGGUGUUCUGGCUGUUGAUUCUCUUCUCAUCGUCCAAUGUGGCAUAUCUGUCAGCGUCUCUGCUGCACUACGCAGAGCUUAGCGAUGGAAAGGUGCUGUACUGCGAUGGGACGUUGAAAUACUUUGGCAAGGAACACUUACCAUACGCUGUGUUUGCCAUAGGCACUUUAGUUCUUGUGGUGGCUCCACCACCCGUGAUCCUACUCUGGCGACCUGUACGCCGCUGGCCCUCGCUGACCGGCUUUGUCAAGGAGGCUACACAUAUAUAUGAACCCAGUCUACAGUGGUGGGCUGCGUUCAAUAUUGUACGACGGCUUGCUUUCUCGUUCAUCCAAGCUCUCCUGCCUAAUGGACUGCAGAGGCGACUGGUCCUUGCCCUGUUUCUCAGCAUCCUCGUGGCCGCUCAAGGAGUUUUCAGGCCGUUCAGGAGAGACAAAAAGCUGUGGCUAUUUCAUGACUCGGAUAACUUACUUGAAAUGUGCAUCCUGGCACUGGUCACUAUGCUGAGUGUAGUUGACCUUGUGCAGAACGAUGUGAUGGAAGGCGAUUCCCUUGUGCAGUUCAGUGACUCCAGUAAACCGAUCGUCUUUGGUAUUGUGACUGCAAUAGCACUGGCUAUCGGCCUAUACCCCUUCCUGUGUAGCUGGUGUAAUAGUCUCAGGCGACGACCUCGCAACACAGCCAGAAAUGUAUGCGUCAACGAUUACAGUGAUGACGAAGACGGUGAUGAAAGCAGACGCCACGGUAGGGUGUAUGAAAUGCCCGCUGCUGGUGCUGUUCGCAUGCAACAUGAAUCACCGUGUGCCCCAGACAGUGGCAAUUCUGCGGAAUCAUCUGCUGACAGGACCCCAGUAAAGCGCCGUGUCAACAUGGAUAUAGCCAGAGUGAGGACAAGUCUCAGAGAUCCCCUCCUAGCUGAUCAGUUGUGACGCUGUGACAGUUCUACAGUAAAGGACUUCAAAUACUGACAUUGACCAUUACAACAAGCUCUUUCCUUUUUACUUACUUACUGGAAUGCAUGCACUGAGUAAUGCACUGGCAUUCAUGUGAAUACACUGCAAAACCAUUUGGGUACACAUUAAAAGCUGUACGUUUUGCGAGUUCAGACGAUACAAGUUCAUGCACUGUGGAUUCUCUUUUCUUUUCCCUUCCUUGAUCCAUUUACACGUAGGUAUCCACUUCGCUCUGUAUCACACAUUAACGAGCAUGCAUGCACACAUACUCGUUAAUGUGUGAUACAGAGCGCACACGACCACCCAUACACAUGCUAGUACGUGCACAUGCGCGCAUGUAUACAACAUAUGCAAGCAUGUGCAACACACACACACAAACUAAGAAAGCCAUGUUGAACCCAAUAAGUAAAUUUGUAUAUGAUACUACACUACAGUCAUGACAUUUUAUCUUUUUUUUUUAAUUGCCACUUCUAGAAAUCAAUAUGACAA